AUGGGGCUGAGCCCCAGGAAGAGCGAGAGAGAGCGCGGAGUGCAUGCGUCUGGGUGUCACCGCGGUCACCAAGGAGCUGCAGUGGGCGGAACGGCAGCGGCGGGGGGUGGGGGGCGCGUCGCGGGGGUCUGCUCCUGGAGGAGGAGAGCUGCGUGCCGAGGACGGUUUGGACCCAAGCGGCAGGCCCGUGGCAGUACCGGUAGCGCUAGAGCCAGAGCGUCCGUUAGAGGCGCCAGUUGGGUCUGCGCGCUGGGGGCCUGCAGACGCCAGGAACCUCCAGCCGACCUGCCUCCCUAUCUGCCCGCCGACUCGCCGGUCGGGUGCGGGUUCCUGCGCGCCCAAAGGUCCUGGGAAGACGUGCCCGGGAGUCUGGGUGCCCUCGGGCCCUUGUCUGCGGCUCCCGGCUCUGGGAAGGGGCUACGGCCGCGGUGUUCUCCGGCUGUUGUUCUCCCGGGAAGAAUCCGCGCCCUCCCCACCCCAACCGUCACUCCAGCUCUGGAGGCCUGUACUCCGAAAGGUGCUAGAAACAAAGCCUGUGAGUGUGAUCCGGGACCCCAGAGCCCCUCAGCCACUACCACCAUGGAAGGAAAAGGUGCCAAAGGGAUGCUGGGAUAUUGCCUCAAGAAGCAGUGAGACUGGGCAACCGCCCAGGAGGAAGCCGGUGGCUGAGCAUGGCCUGCCCUUGACUCCUCCCUUCCCCACGUGGAUUCUCCUGUCGCCAUCCUCAUUCAGUGAGAGACUGACGACCUCGGGUCUCUUGCUGAGCCCUCCCCAAACAAGCCCUGUCUCUCACCAGGGAUUUCUGGGACUCUUAAGUCCUCGGUCCAGAGAAAUGCUGUUAGGGAGGCAGCCACACACUUGUGCCCCAGGCUCAGGACCCUCUCUCCUGCCUGGUCCUGAACUUCCAGUAUCCAGCCCCUCAGGACCACUCUGGUCUGGCCCACUCCUGAUUGGACCAAGUCUGAAUGAAUAAGGCUUCUUCUCAAAGUAUUCCUGAGCCAGCCUGAGCUCUUGAGUGCUCAGGUGUGGGCAGAGACGGAGGUCUCCAGACCCGCAUACUUGCUAGGGGGGAGUAGAUGCCAUGAUAGGAUCAAGUCUGGCUUCCUUCUUGGCAGAAGGGUUGGAAUUGCCAUGGGCCUGUAACAGGAAGAGGAGUGCGGCUCUGCCCCUCCCUCAUGGAGAUUCUGAAUCCUGUGAAACUUAAGAAACCCUCUGAGGA